CCUCGUCUCACAGUCGGUUGUGCAAAAAGAUCAGUGUUACUGGCCGAGCUGAAAAGACGGCUUGUCCUGAUGAAAUUUACGUUGUAGCUUGUUGUAGCUUCACUUGUUGACCAAUGGAAGAAGGUAGUGUCGAAGGCUAUGUGCUCCAACAACAUCUCGUUUAUGAGUUAUUGAUCCGCGAAGUCCGAAUCUGUGAGUCCAGCUUUACCGAAUUUAAAGUCAGCUGGCCCGCUGUCAAGGGGCGAAAGGCUUUUACUGAGCAAACAUGAAGACCUUGAUGCUGUUGUCUCUCCUCUGCCACUUUGCAUCUCCAGUGAGACACUCCCUGAAGUAUGUGCUCAGUUAUUCCCAUGGAAUCAGAGACAUCCCAGAGUUUGUGGCUGUUACUUCAGUUGAUGGAGUUCAGAUAGGUUACUUUGACAGCAUUGGACAAGUACCUCAGGUCACAACAGACUGGAUGGAUAAAUUAUUCCAAAACAAUCCUCACCAUUUGGCAUGGUACACUACUAUCUGUCUGGGUAACCAGCACACCUUCAAAGCCACCAUAGAGAGUUUGAUGCAGCGUUUUAACGAAACUGGAGACAGGAAGUUAAAAGGCUCUCUCCCUCCCUCAGGUAUUCACAUUUUCCAGAGGAUGAAUGGCUGUGAAUGGGACGAUGAGACUGAUGAGGUCAAUGUUAAUCUUCAUUAUGGCUAUGAUGGAGAAGACCUCAUAUCGUUGGACCUGGAGACAGAGACAUGGAUCGCUCCAAAACAACAGGCUGUUUUCACCAAACACGAGUGGGACAGAGAUAGAUACAACAGUAUAUUUUGGAAGUAUGCCCUUAGACACGAGUGCAUUGAGAACCUUAAGGAGUAUGUAAACUAUGGAAAGAGCUCUUUGCAGAGAACAGACCUUCCCUCAGUGUUUCUCCUCCAGAAGUCUCCCUCCUCUCCAGUCAGCUGCCACGCUACAGGUUUCUACCCUGACAGAGCCAUGAUGUUCUGGAGGAAAGAUGGAGAGGAGAUUCAUGAGGACGUGGACCACAGAGAGAUCCUCCCCAACCAUGAUGGAUCCUUCCAGAUGAGUGUUGACCUGAACCUUUCAUCAGUCCCACCUGAAGACUGGAGGAGGUACGACUGUGUGUUUCAUCUCUCUGGUGUGAAAGACAACAUCAUCACCAAAUUGGACAAAGCAGUGAUCAGGACCAACUGGGUUUCUCCCUCACACUUUCCUGCUGGUGCUGUUAUUGGAGUUGUUGUAGGACUGCUGCUGCUGACACUCUGCAUCACUGGACUCUGCAUCUGCAGGAGUAACAAUCAUGGAUUCAGACCUGCAAACAGUAAGUUUUCCUUUAUGAAAAAUACCACAUAUUUGUGGUCAACUAGUCUGUGGUUAUUGAGGGAUAAUUGUAGGGCAUCAAAGGCAGUCUGUAGAUGAGUCAGGGCUUGGGAUGGGGUAGAACUAGGGGCAUAUAAGAUACAAUCAUCAGCAAAAAAAGUGGACGUAAAAUAUUGAUUUGGGAGAAUUAUGUUAUCAAAUCAAAUCAAAUCAAAUUUAUUUAUAAAGCACUUUUAAAAACAACCUAGGUUGACCAAAGUGCUGUACAAUAAAGGUAAAGUCAAAGAAUAACAAAGUGCGGAGAUCAAAAUACAUAGCAGUACAAUCCCAAAUUGGAGAGUGGAAAUACAAAACACCUAAAAUGGGGGAUAAGAGUUUAAGAGCGCUCAAAAGCUUUGGAGUAAAAGUGGGUCUUAAGUCUUGCCUUAAAAGUGUCCACAGAUGGGGAAUCAUUAGUGGAGAGAGGUAGACUGUUCCAAAGUUUGGGUGCAGCCACAGCGAACGCACGAUCCCCAUUACCCUUUAGCCUCGAUCGAGGCACAGCCAGAAGUUGCUGGUUUGAAGAUCUGAGUGCUCUGGAAUUUAAAAGGGGACAUAAGAGCUUAGAAAUAUAUUGGGGAACCAGGCUAUUAACAGCUUUAAAAACAAACAAUAAAACCUUGAAUUCAAUCCUGUAAUUGACUGGUAACCAGUGCAGGGAUGCCAGCACAGGUGUUAUGGUGUCUCUUUUCCUUGUGCCAGUUAUCAGUCUUGCAGCAGCAUUCUGGACAAGCUGCAGGCGUGACGAGGAAGAUUUAGGGACACCCAGAUAUAAUGCAUUGCCAUAGUGUAGUCGGGAGGUGAUCAAGGCAUUUGUGAUGGUUUUUAAGUGGUUUGAUGAAAGGAAAGGUUUGAUUUCUGAGAUGUUUCAGAGCUGGAAAAAGCACCCUUAUUAAUUUAUUAAUGCAUAAUGUAAAUAACAAUGGUCCAAGGAUAGACCCCUGUGGCACCCCGUUUCUGAUAGUGAGUAGACUUGAUUGAGCACCGUCAGCGACAACAGUCUUGAGUUCUGUCAGUGAGGUAAGAGUGGAACCAGUUUAGUGAAAAAAUAUCUAAGCCUGUGGACUGUAAUUUAAGAAGUAGAAUUUUAUGAUGAACAGUAUCGAAUGCUUUUGAGUAGGGCCCGACCGAUAUGGAUUUUUUGGGGCUGAUGCAGAUUCCGAUAUUAUGGAAUAAAAAAAUCUGAUAACCGAUAUAUCGGCCAAUUAAAUUUUUAUGUUUUUCAAUUUAAACCCCCCCGAAAUACCUGCUUUUGAUGGCUUAAAUAUAGUUUAAACACUCAUUACAAAGGUAUAAAUUGAAGGAAGAACAUUUUACUAUUUUCAAAUACUUUUAUUAUCAGAAAUUGUGUGAAACAAGCAGCAUAUGAACAAUUUGAACACAAAAUAAAUCAAAAAUAUGAUGUGCAAAAAGGCAGCAAACCUCUGGGAAAUAAAAUAAUCAUGCAAAGUCUAAAUGAAUUAAGACAUUCACAUGUAUGUUCACAGUACCAGAGUUCUUCUUAUUGUUGCCAGUUUAACAGAGGUAGGUUAUAGUGCAAAAAUUACAACUUUUUUAGUAAACAUCUUUGAAAACAAACAAUAAAAAAGUAACUGCAAAAGACUGAGGUAUUUUGUUAUGUGGGGCAAGCAGCAUAAAAACAAUUCAAACAUAAAAUAAAUCAGAAAUAUGUAGUGCAAAAAGGCAGUAAACCUCUGGGAAAUAAAAUAAGUAAAACACCAUAUUCCCUGCAUUUUUUUAGUGAUGAAAAUAUAAGUGUUAACAUUAUUCUCUAAUGGCUAUAAUCGGCCGAUUAAAUCAGCCGGGCCCUACUUUUGAGAGGCACUGUUUAUUAUCCAGGGAGGAGACAAUGUUAUCUGUGACUGAAACUGCAGCUGUAAUUGUGCUGUAUGGAUAUUGGACAGUAAUUAUUGAGGUCAGAGAUGUCACCAUUUUUAUGUAGGGGAGAUACAAAUGCGCUUUUCCGAGAAAGUGGAAUGAUGCCAGUUAAAAAGGUUUGGUUAAAAAUGUGAUCUAAAUGUGGACUGAUUAAAUGGGCAGUUAGAUUAAGGGGAUCUGGCUCAAGAUUAUCUGGAUUCCAACACCCAGCAUACCAACACAAUACCACUUUGUUCUGUUAAAACAAUACUCACCACUUGCAUUCAUUUGUAUGAAAACCCUUUGAUUCUUUUGGUCUGAGGAACCUUAGGACUAAAGGAAUAUGAAUAACUUACAGGGUAACUGAGGAAUGGACACAUAAUUUGAGGUAGCCAACAACCCAGUUGUAUACAUCCAAAGAGCAUCUAUUAAAAAAAUGAACUGCUUGGCAACCAGACCAGGCCUCUAAUUGAGACAGGCUUUUGUCAAAAUGUGUAGUCACACUGGGCUAGUGAAAAGGACUGGGUGCUGGGACUAAUGGUGCGUUCCAGGCAACCCGUAACUCGUGUUUUCACAACCUGUAACCCGUGAAAGUGCACUGGAACGGCAGUCAAACCUGUAACUUCCCACCCGUGAACUCGUACCAGAUCGAUGUACUCCCAGUUACGCUUUCUGACGUCACACAGCCCUCUAAACCAAUUACCUUACUCCUCUAUACAACAAUGGCAGCCCCUUGGGUGCGGUGUUGCUGCAGGUGAUAACUUACAUGGUGAGAAAUAGACAUAAAAUAACCCUAAUGUUAACGCAUUAUUGGCAGCCGCUCUAACAGCUGGUUUCCAGUGCAAGAAUAAUCAAUACAAAAUACGUUUCCAAACACACAUAACAUAAAAUAAAAAGUAUAAUAGCAUCUGUGACCUUAUGCGCCGUUUCUCCUCCUCCGUUUCACUCAAAUGAGCAAGGAGCAGGCACCUUUGGCGAUAGAAAUAAUGGGGAAGCACAAACAAACAGUUCGCCAUGUUCAACAUUAAACAGGAAGUAACUGGCAGUUUGCCAGUUUCCUGGAAUGCUAUAAAGUCGUAACUCGUGACUUGAAGUCUUGACUUACAAGUUCAAAAGCCUGCCUGGAACGCACCAUUAGCUUUUAAUUUAAGUUUUACGGUAUAUAAUUUGUCCCCCUAUACCCCUACAGGAUCAGUCAGACUGCCAAGCAUGAACUGAUUUACACUACAAACAAGAUCAUUUAAGUGACAGUCAGAGCUAACAGAAGCACACCUGUGGAGAAAAAUCCUCUCCUAUCAACAUCUGGAGAGAAGUGAUGCUACUGUUCAGCUGUUCCUACAGACUCUCUCUGGAACACUUAUUAGUAUUGGACUUUAUCUAGUCUAUAUCAUUAGGUACUAGGCAGUCAUCUGUCUUUGAUGGUGAUCAGUAGGAAGUCCAGCCCUUAAGCUGACUUCUGUUUAAAGUUUCCACUCUUGAAACACACUGUUGAAGACCUAGUGCUUGUACAUAAAAUAUAUAUAUAUAUUAUAUAUAUUACUGGCCUGCUUGUACAAAAUGAAACUGUUCGGCCUCUUACAUCUUCUGCAGUUGCUCUAUAAUCUCUUAAUGUGUAUUUAAAUUUAUGUUAUCUCUCUAUCUGUUGUAACAUUUUUUUUAUUGUUGUUGUUGCUAUUAUGAAUUCCUAUUUUUAGAAUCUGUUGUUUUCUGAAGUACUGCACUUUAAGUGUGUGUGUGUGUGUGUGUGUGUAGUUGAGCUUUUUUUUUUUCCUUUUUAUUUGUAUUCAUUUUUGAGUUUGUAGUCAUUUUAAUCUGUUAAUGAUUGUGAAUUUUAAAAAACAAUGUUUGUACAACUAAGAAGAGUCUGUAUUUCAGUGUAUGGGGUGGACUUGUGGAAUGGGCUGCUUGAUGAGUUGAAACAAAGCACAAAUAGAAAUACAUUUUUGAAAACUCUACAAAAGGGGUGUCGGUAGCUUAGUGGAUAGUGCCGGCGCCCCAUGUAUAGAGGUGAUGCCUCACCGCAGCGGUCGCGAGCUUGACUCUGGCUUGCAACCCUUUGCUGCAUGUCGUUCCUCAACUCUCUCUCUCCCCAUUUCACACUGUCCUGUCUAUUAAAGGCAAAAGCCCCCAAAAAAUAAUCUUUAAAAACUAUACAAAAAUAUUUUUUGGACAUAUCUGUGAGGAAAGGUUGCGUAAGAGUGCAUAUUUAUUUAUUUAUUUAUUUAUUUAUUUAUUAUUUUUGAUAAGAUUAUUUUGAAUAUAUGCAAAUAAUAUAAAACCAAGGAAAGCAAGUAUAACAGAAGCAUAACAACAAAUGAACAUGAAAAAAAAAAAAAAAGAAAGCCAGAGUAAGAAAUAAAUGCACAUAUUCGAAAAGGAGUAAGAAGUAGUGAAACUUAUAUACUCACCCCUGAAUUACAGAAAAUAUAAUAUCCCAUGUCAAUCAUAGAUUAAGUUAUAUAUCAAUACAAAAUGACUUUUUUAUGUGUUAUUAAAUAGCUUCAUAAUUCUCGCAAUAUAUUUGUAACAAAUACAUUACUAUAUACCUCCACUAAUCUUCUAAUAUUCAUUAGAAGCUAAUACUAUUAUUAGUAAUUUUACAGUACAUUAUUAUUUGUUUAUGUUCAUAUGUUAUUCAUUUGAUAAUUCAUUAUCUCUAGAAUGCCACAUACAUACACAUAACAAAAUAAACAAGAUAACACAUAACACAGACAAUUCACAGAAAACAGCCAAAUAACCAGUAACCCAUAUGACACCUAGUGAUUUUCAAUACCUCCUUCCUCCCUGUACCUAGUGAACACCAUGUUUUUGUACAUUAUUUUAAAUUGUUUCAUAUUUGUGCAUUCCUUCAACUGCACAGUAAACCUGUUCCAUAAUCUCACCCAACAAAUUGAUAAACAAAAACUUUUCCUAGUAUGCAGUGUAUUUAUUUAACACUGGGUGGUACUUGGGAUGUAAAUAAACUGGGUUUAUUACCUAUUUGUUUAAUUGGGUGGUAAAUUGACUGGGGAUAGUUUUAUAUAGUUGUGAAUAAAUUUGGGAAAUUGUUGAUAUAAUAUAUGAGUUAAAAGAAGAAAUUUAAGAAAGGGGAAGAGACGUAUAAGUUUUACUUGUACCCACUUCUUUUCAGGCGCUGCUAUCCUUGUCUUGUUUAUUUCUUUAUGUUUUGUUUUGUUUUGUUUCAUUUCAAAAUAAAGUCAUUCAUUCACUCAGUGUUUGUUAAUGUGUUAUCAGCUUCCACAGUAGCCUAAGUGAAUCUGCAACAACAGCCACUUAACAUUAAAAAAUAUUUAGAUAUGGAUUCAUGAGCAGAAGUAACAAAAUAAAUAUUAAAAGAGAAGCAGAAUUUUUUUACAAUGAUUGACAGUUUUGUAUUGACGGAUGACAAUAGAGGACUCUACCUUUGACCCAUAAAAAUGUGGAAACAUCUUAAUAAUAUUGCUGUGGCAUUAGUUCAUCUACAGAGUCAAUGAAUAGCGUAGUUGGUAACUGAAAAUGUAAUGUGAAAAAAUAUAAAAGUACAUUUACUUAAAUACUACACACAAGUACAUUUUGAGGUAUUUGUACUACAGUUGGACAUUUCCAUUAUAUGUUACUUUAUAUUUGUGCUCCACUACGUGUCAAAGAAACUAUCGUAUUUUUUAUUAUUUCAUUGUAUCAUUAAUACAUUGUUACUUUACAGAUUACAUGUUGUAAGAGAAGAUCAGAUAAAAAACUUUAAUGCAAACAAAUCUGUAAUACCAUGAUAUAUUUUGGAUGUGAUGUUACAAAAUGUCAAGCACUAUAUACUUACAUUAUUAUAUAAUGCUACAACUACAACAAAACGUGACUAUACAGGUUAAUGUAUCAGCACUAAUUUAAUUAUAGCUAUAAACAUCAAUCAAUCAAUCAAUCAAUCAAUCAAUUUUAUUUAUAAAGCCCAAUAUCACAAAUCACAAUUUGCCUCACAGGGCUUUACAGCAUACAACAUCCCUCUGUCCUUAUGACCCUCACAGCAGAUAAGGAAAAACUCCCCCCAAAAAAACCCUUUAACGGGGAAAAGAAAAUGGUAGAAACCGCAGGAAGAGCACCUGAGGAGGGAUCCCUCUUCCAGGACGGACAGACUUGCAAUAGAUGUUGUACAGAACAGAUCAGCAUAAUAAAUUAACAGUGAUCCGUAUGACACAAUGAGACAGAGAGAGACAGAGAGAGAUGCAGGACAGACUGUAAUGAUAAUAGCUUACAACAACAUUAAUGAAAGUAAUAAUAUUAUAAUUCUAAUUACAGCUAUUGUGGUACAAUAUGUUGAAUGUAUAUAUAUUAUGAUAGUAUACAUAUGUGACAAUAAUCAUAUGUGUAUAACAGUAGAAGUAUCCAGUAUCAGAUACCUAUUUUAAUUUGCCCAUACAUUCCUAAGAUGCUUUUUUGGUAUUUGUGUUUACAGAAUUGACUACAUGGUCUUGAUGGUCUGACAUUGUUUAAUGCUACAUGGUCUUGCUUUUUUUCUUCUUUUUUUUUAAUG